CCCCGCCGUGCCGCGACCUGAGCGCGUGUGGGCGGGGAGCGCCCGCGCCGGGAUAAAUAGCGCUGUCCCCCGGCUGACAGCCCGUCCCGGGGCUCGCGGGGGCCCGGCAGCAGCACUCGCCCGCAGCUGUGGGACACGCUCGGGGCUCUCGGUGACUCUGCUCCGCGGUCUCGCUCCUGCCCCGACCCGGGCUGUGAUUUUUCUCUGUUUUUGGGGAGAGCCGGAGCAGGGGAGGACCAGGAGAGCACGGGGCCAAGCCUUUCACCUCUCUCUCCCUGCAGCAUAGGGGAGAUGCUGGAAGCGGCGGUGAGUUCGCAGCGCCCGAGAAGGGCGGCAAGAGGCGUGUAAACUCCUGCGGUCCCCAGCGGCAGCCGCUGCCCCGCGACCCUCCGCCGGCCCCUCCUCGCCCCGCACGCCGCUCGUCUCGCCGCCCUUCGCUGCCGCCGGAGGAGGCUGCCCACCCCAGCGGCCCAGGAUGCAGUUUCGCCUCUUCUCCUUUGCCUUGAUCAUCCUGAACUGCAUGGAUUACGGCCACUGCCAGCCCGGCCGCUGGAGACGCAGCAAGAGAGCUAACUAUGGACCAAAUCCAAUUUGCAAAGGUUGCUUAUCUUGUUCAAAGGAUAACGGGUGCAUCAGAUGCCAACACAAGUUAUUCUUCUUCCUGCGAAGAGAAGGGAUGAGGCAGUACGGUGAAUGCUUGCAUUCCUGCCCAUCGGGGUACUAUGGACUUCGAACGCCAGAUAUGAACAGAUGUUCAAGAUGCAGAAUAGAAAACUGCGACUCCUGCUUUAGCAGAGACUUUUGUACCAAAUGCAAAACUGGCUUUUACUCGCACAGAGGCCGCUGCUUUCGAGGAUGUCCCGCUGGAUUUGCAGCCUUGGAAGAGCUUAUGGAAUGUGUGGAAGGCUGUGAAGUGGGUCAAUGGAGUGAGUGGGGAACUUGCAGCAGAAAUAACAAAACAUGUGGAUUUAAGUGGGGCCUGGAAACGAGAACAAGACAAAUUGUGAAGAAGCCAGCAAAGGACACAAUACCAUGUCCAACCAUUGCAGAAUCCAGACGGUGUAAAAUGGCCAUGAGGCAUUGUCCAGGAGUAUAUGAUACCGCCAAGAAAAUCCAGACCAUUCUCACAUCUGACAACAUUUGGUCGUCCCCUUAAAUCCUACUAGACUUGAUAGGAUUUAAGCAUAUACUUAAAAGGUAAUGCAUUGCUCAACAAGGGCCUUUGUAUCUGACAUUUUUUCUGUCCAUACUAUCUUUGCUGAGAUAACCAAAGGGCACUGAUUUAUUAUUAGAGGUAAACAGGAAAAACCUUUUCAUUCAAAAACCUUGUAAACUUUUUUCUGAAUUGAUCCUGAUUUCCUAAUUUUGUUUAUUUUUCAGUGAAAUUCCAAUAGUAGAAGCAUGUAAUGAAAUGUUUGUUUCUGCACAGUUAUAUACUGUGAGAAUUAGGCACAAUGUGCUAAUAAUAAGUAACAACAGUUCUUCCGAGAGGUGGUACUGUCUCUGCCAAAGUGUGUAGGAUGGCAUCCAACCAAGUACUUGGGCUGUAAUGCCUAAUUUGUCAUUGAAAUCACAGAUACAUUGGACAUGACUUAAAUAGGAUUACUCACUCAAGCAAAUUUACACAAGGGUCUAAGGCGUAUAUCCAGCUUCGACUGAGGUAGGAGUCUGCAUACUCAUUUGGCUCUGGGCCUUGGGUACUUGCAUAACGUUGCUUGUGUAGCUUACCCUGCCAAAAAUGAAGCCUGCAUCAACAUGGUUACUCAUACCAGAAAAAUUGUGCCGGUGGACAAGUGAUGACAGUCGGGGAUCCUGCUUCCUUUUGUAUCACACUGAAAACCUCUGUUUUCACUGAUGAUUGAAGCUCUUUAGCCAGCAUUACUGUUGCAGUACGUAUUCAUAAUUUCUAUACUGCUGAGUUGUUUUUGUUGGGGUUUUUUGUCACUUCUGGAUUCUUUACUCGACUCAUUGCUAUUAUUUGUUUUUCCUUUUUUUUUUUUCAGGGAGAAGGCCAGCAAAAACGAAGGACAAAAAAAAGAAGAAAAAGAAUUUGAUGGAAAGGGCUCAGAAGCAGCACAGCAUCUUUUUAGCAACAGAUAAAACAAGCCAGUAAAGACUUGAUUUUCCUUAAUGUAUUUUUUUGCAAAGUGCACAAAAGCUGCUAUAUGCUCCUGCACAUGGAUGCACUACAAUUCAGCUGCUUUGACAGUAUUGGUGGCAAAUAACUUGUGAAAACAAAGCCCACAAGCUUGUUUGUUUUAUUUAUAUAUUUUUUAUUUUAUUUUUUCCUGAUUUUUGACCUGAAGACUUCAAGGUCAGGAGUGCACUGAGUUGGAUCAGUGGAAGUGGUCCUGAAGUGCAUCAGAGAUACUCUUCUGAGUGCCUGGUCAACAUGUUGACAAGGAAAGAAAGCUACGGAGCACCAGUAGGUGGACUUGUGCAUAUUUAAAUAAAUAAGAAAAAAAGGAAGUCUUGGAGGUGUAGGUACUAUUGCAUUUAUGGCCUUUGUUUCCUGUAUUUGUACAUUUCAAGAGUAAAUGAAUAUGAGUUACCUACUUAGUGUUAAUGUACAUUGUUCUUACACCUGCUACAUCGAUACAGUUGUGUGAUAAAACUGCUUUAAGACAGCGCAGGAUUCACUUCUUACACUCACCGAAGCACAACAGACUCUGUGUGUACAUAUUACUCCAUCUACAUAUAAAUGAACAUAUUUACUGUACAUCUAUGCAUUUUUAGGUAUAAUACUUUAUACAUGUUUAAAGGUAUGUCCUGUUGGUUCUAGUAAUAUACUUUUAAAUAAUCCAGUAAAUGUUUACUUUUUGCUAUGUUUUAAGUAUCUUCUCAUGUUCCUCAAUAGUUACAAACUGGAUUUUUUUUUUCUCAUUUGCAAAGCACACUCAUUUACAGAGCUACCUGGCACUGACACUCACAAUGGAGUGUCAGCUCUGAAGUAUACUUGCCAGACUAGUAAUCCACAAAUUCUUUCUUCUAUUCUGUACUUCUGUCUCAGCCCCCAUAUAUUUUAUCUCAGAAAAAGAAGUUUAAUGUUUUUUAAGAUGAGACACGAUGAUGAUAGAUGUUUUGAGUGUCAGGAGAGAAAUUAUUUGUAAAGUUCUUGGUAUCUAAGACUGUAUGUGUAGUUUGUUGGGGUUUUUUUUCCAAUGUAAUGCACAGUGUUUUAUUUCAGUUAGUCCUGAUGCAGUCAGAUAAGAAAACAAAUACCUGAAUAAGGGAGAAACAAAAUAAAAGUCAUAUGAAGUCAGCCAUUCAAAAGUAUAGAAAACAUCAAUGUCCCAGUAUUUCCAAUUAUUUCUAGAAGCUUAACAAGUUUAUUCUGCAGCUAUUGUUUGCUUUAGGAUACAAAGGUCGAGACAAUUUUCUAUGUAGGACCUUAAGAUGGCUCAGGAUGUGUAAUUUGGUAAUCUAGCAUUAUUAGGCUAGCUUUCAAGGUGAUUUUUGAAUUCCUGACAGGAAAAGCCUACACUAUGCCUGUUGUUUAAAGCUGUCACUUAAGAGAAAUUAUUUCAGUUUUAGGACUAAAACUUGCAUACUACCUACACAAAAAUAAAACAGCAAAACAGACCCCAGACUUCCACAAACCUUUUUUCGACAUAUACUUUAGAAAAAUCCCACAAAUACCAGUUUUAGUUUUAUGGGUUAUAUGCUUUUCAAAUAAACUAGGGAAAUAAAGCAUCUGUAAGCACAAACAUAUCUGUAUUUAGCUAUGACAAGUGUUACUACCAAAAUGUGAGUAGUUAGACACAUAUGAAUGUUCCAUCAAACUGCUUGUGGACUUCCACUCAACCGUGAGGUUUUCACUGUAUGUUCAUAUUUACCUAGAACAUAAUAAUGUUACAGACAGUAAGAUUGUUCUAAUCCUGGGAUGCUAUUUUGGACAUAAAAUGCUCGCUUCAAAAAAGAAAAAACCAAAAAACUGUAGCUGUCUGUUUGCUUAUCGGUUAUCAAAUUUGGCUGUAAGUGCAGUUAAUGCCCUCAUACAAACCUUUCAGUAGUGGUUACAAAUAUUGUAUUAGGCAUGUCACGGAAAGAAUGCUACAAAAUACAAUAAAAUGGUGUCACAAGCCUCUGAGUAAAA